CGUUAUAAUGCGCAUGCUGAUUUAUUUUGAAGGGGCAUGGCGGAAAUCAAAAGCGGUUUCAACAAAACCAUUUGCGCGUCACACCAGGUAAACCAGUCCUCUGUUUCUGCUUCGACUCACAUCUCGGCGGAGGUUUAGCGAUGAAGAGCUUGGUGGCGUUCCACUCCCAGCUAGCCGCCAUUAUGGAGGCUCUGACCCGGGCAGCCGUAGCGGAGAUCAGCGAGCUGGUGGAAGAAAGCUAUACCGUCCUCCAGAUGGAAAUCAGCCGCAGCAGCCAGGAGAAUGAAGCCCUGAGGAGGAAGCUGGACCUCAUUGAGACCAUCGUCGCCCCGGAACAUGGCGGCGGAGGGGUCGCCGUGCUGGGCCCUGGCAGCCCGCAGGACUCUGGAGGGGAGGCGGGCUACUUGACCGCUGUGUGUGUGACAUCAUCACGAGUUGCAAAGUCGCCAAGCCUUGAGAGACGUAGUAGGCGGGGCUUGUCAUCAGCACCAACAGCAGAGACCAGAGAGAAGGAUGUUGUUGUGAUCAAACAGGAAGUCGCCAGCGACACAACUAGCCAGCUGCUUGUGGAUGACGGAGCGACGAUGCAGCCAUCGCCAGCUGACCUUCAGGGCGGGCCCUCUGGCAUGUUCGCCCCUCCCUCAGCAGAUCUGAAACCUUGGGAACAAAACAGCGACGCAAACCCGGUCGAGCCUCACAAUUUUGUGAGUGUUCCUGGGUCUCCGGCAUUUGCAGGUUCCGCCAGGGACAUCUCAAACGUGUUUGAUUUGGCCUCAGGGUCAGACGAAAAAACGUCAGUAGCAGCGAGGAGGUUCCCGGCAGGAGGUCCGGCAACCGGCGAACUGAACCAAGCCGUCUCUCUGCACGGUGACACCACCGAGCUGGACCUUUGUGGUCCAUGGGGCAAUCAGGGCCUGUCAAGCAUGCUGGCGGUCUGUCACAGGCGGCAUUCGGAGCCAGACCGCCGUUCAAUGGCGCUGGAAAAAAUGUCUGACAUGACCACGACCUUUCCUCUGGCGCUGGGCCUGGCUGCGCACAGACUUGAGGCUGUGGACCAGAACCACCUCUGCAGGGACAGACGCUUCGUCUGCAACUACUGCGGCAAACGCUUUACAUCCUCACGGAGCCUCGAGACGCACGAACGCGUCCACACGGGCGAGCGUCCAUACAGCUGCGGUCAGUGCGGGAAGCGCUUCACGCAGUCUGGUCAUCUAAAGACCCACCAAAGCGUCCACACGGGCGAGCGACCCUUCGCCUGCCAGUACUGUGACAAGAGGUUUGCUGGCAAACAGAACCUGCGCAUCCACCUGCACAAACACCACCCGGCAGAGCCAGAGCAGCCCAACUCUCUACAGCAGGAAAGAUGAGCCUCCUUCCUGGGGCAACUUGCCAAACUAAAUCUUCUGACGCUUUUAUGAGGAACUUCAAUUCUUGAACUUAUUGUAGACCUUUACCCAUCCUGAUGGACCCUACCUCAUACAAUGUGGAACCUUUUGUCAUAGGUCUGGCGGACAGCUCAGCCCCCACAAGGUUGUUGAAGACUGAGAACAGGGUUUCCGCAGGUCAUUAAAAAGCAUUCAAAGUCAUUAAAUUGAUUUUGUGAAAAUAAAGAUAUUAAAUGGCAUUAAAAAGCAUUACAUACAUACAAUGUCCAGAGGCAAUAAACAUUUUCAAACAAUUGCAAUUGACGACAAAACAAACCACCAGACCC